AUGGCUAAAAAACACAAAAAUUCUUUGGUCAAAACUCCUUUCACUGACGAUGUGUAUCUGGUUAAGAGGCCCAAGAAAUUCACCAUGCCUUCUUUCACCCAGUUUGAUGGAACAGGGGAUCCUUCUAGGCACCUAGAUCAUUACGCUCAAAAGAUGGCUUUGGAUGAUCGUAAUGACCUUUGGAUGUACAGAGUUUUUCCUACCAGCUUGAUAGGAGCAGCACUAGAGUGGUUCAGGAAUAGACCGCAUAAGUCCAUCCCAGAUUAUGUAACUCUAUGCACCAUGUUCCUGGCACAGUAUUGCGGAAAUAAGAAGCAAAAGAAGAGCAUUGCCAGCUUCUUCACCGUAAGACAGAAAAGGGGAGAGACAUUGCAGGAUUUCUUGUCAAGAUUCAGCAUGGAGGCAUUAGAAAUAGCGGAUUGUCAUCCCGCAACUGCUAUAGAGACAUUUAAACUCGCGAUGAUUCAGGGGACGAAGUUCCACACUUCCUUAGUCAAGUAUUUUCCUCCCGACAUGCAGACUUUAAAUGCCAGGGCCCAGAUCUACAUUCGGCUUGAGAAAAAUAUAGCCCACCGAGCGCAGCACGCCACCCUCGUGACAGUGGAAAACAAGCCUCGAGAAAGAAUUCCAACUCCAAAGAUUCAAAAAAGCCAACGUUCCUCAAUGCCGGUCACCCAGGCACCUGAAAAAAGGCAAAGGGUAGAGGAAGGAUUUACACCUCUCCGAACUACCUUGGCUCGGUUCUUCCAAGAUAAUAAGACGAAGUUCACAACUCUGCAGCCAAUAAAGCAACCCCUGGAGCAAAGGGACAAAAGUAAGCAUUGCGCUUAUCAUCGAGAUUAUGGGCAUUCAACCAACGAUUGCAGAUCCCUCAGGCGACAGGUGGAGAAUAUGAUCGCCAAAGGUGAGUUAACGGAUUACCUCAUGACAAAGGAGUAUGCAAAGCCCCGCGAGGUCUAUCCCCGCAAGGUAGAAGGUACACAAGUAAAAGUCAUCCAUGCAAUACAUGGCAGGUCUGAAGAUGAUCAAGAGUCCAAGGAGGUGUACAGAUCCAGACUGAGGGCGACCCACAAGCUCAGGAAGAUACCUCGGUUAAUGUUAUCAAUUCGGGUAGUAUCAGUAUUGGAUUUGGAGAUGGCGACCUAUCCAGAGAGGGUUUUGGUAGAUCCAGGAAGUAGCGCUAACAUAAUCACAAAGACGGUCUUUGAUCAGUUAGAGAUUCCGUCAUCAUCUAUUCGACCUACCUCCAGCCCGUUGAUGGGAUUCGACGGCACAAGAGUAGAUCCCCUUGGAGUAAUAGACUUGUCCGUAAUCGCGGCGAAGAGGACUCUGAAGGAGAACUUUGUUUUAACAGAGAUCCAUUCUUCUUACAAUCUCAUCAUGGGAAGAGGCUGGAUAUAUGAGAGGAGUUCUGUCCACCCUUCACCAGGUGAUGCGGUAAAGGAGGAAGAGGAAAUUGCGAAGCCCACCGAGGAGACCCUCGAAGCCGUGGAAGUUAUCCUCGGUGACCCUCAGAAGGUUACUUAUCUAGGCUCUUCUUCCACGUCCGAAGAAAAGGAGGCAUUAAUUGAUAUUAUCCGGAGCAAUGCAGAUGCCUUUGCGUGGGAUCACUCGGACAUGGUAGGGAUCGAUCCCUUAGUUUCCUGCCAUAGUCUGAAGGUGGAUCUGGAGUUCAAACCGGUUAAGCAGAAACACCGAAGGUUUGCCCCUGAACGCAAUCACAUUAUAGCUGAAGAAGUGAGCAAAUUGUUGCAAGUAGGUUUCAUUCGAGAAGUGCAAUAUCCACAGGUCAUGCCCUUCGGACUGAAGAAUGCUGGAGGUACUUAUCAACGCCUUGUUAAGAAGAUAUUCGAUAAUCUGCUGGGAAAGACAGUUGAAGCAUAUAUAGAUGACAUGGUGGUUAAAAGUGUGAAGAAAGAAGAUCAUCCGAAGUAUCUAUAG